GCGAAUCAUGUGCAUCGUCGGAGAUGAAUAGAAGAUGAAAGUCCGUAUUUUCUUUUCGAUAUCGCAGAAUAUAGAAAUUGAAAAAAUCCACGAAUAAAACAUGGAAACUCAUGUGGACCGCGAGAGGGACAGGCUGGCCCAGAUGCGAGAGAGGACACAGGCGCUUAUUGCAUUGCAGCAGCGCUCGCAGGAAUUGCAAACGGAAUUCGCCUCCGUGCGGGAGGCACUGAACGCGCACGCGAAAGGAACGGCGAUUCUACCACGGGAGGAACUCGCGAAGAUGUCGGACAAGAUAAACAACGGCACCAAGGAGCUCGAAGAGAUUAAUUCCCAGCUCGAGCAACUAGCCGCCGACGAGGGAAUCUACGACUUGUCCUCCGAUGUCGCUUCUGAAUCGGAGGAAGAUCUGCCGAGCGAACAGGCGAGGUUGAUGGAGACGCUGCACCGAACGCCCCAAGAUGUCCACACCGUCGUACUCAACCAGGACGAUGAUGAAGGUGAAUAUCUGUUUGAUCUGUGGCACGGUGCCGCGGACGAACUUCAGACCCUCUACGACAGCCUCGACCGCGCACGCUCCGCAUACUCUAGUAAAACCAAACCGACCAAAACCCAAAGAACCCAGCACACGAAAGAAGUCGUCGCAGCUUUGCAAAAGGUGGUGAAAGACAAGGGGAUUCCUUCUUGGCAAAUAGGUUUUGACUCUGUGAAGUGGAGGACCUGCGUGAAUGUCCGGGCAUACAUGGCCGUGAUGUGCAACGAUGCGGGAAAAGUUUGCAGCCUGUGGCGAUUUGUCGUCGAAAAUCAGCUGACGGAACUGCAAGUCGCACUCAAGGAAAAUUUUCCUGGUAUUGACGAUGGCAUCCCCGCAUGGGCGCAGUGCCUUGCGGCCGGAAACGACGCAGCGUUGCCACGCUUCCUCGAACUUGGCGCUGACCUCCGGGCAGAGGAUACACCAAACAACUGCCUCUUGGCCCCCCUACCCCACCUCGCGCAGCAAGCGAAAUCGCGUCGGUUGCCUUGCGCCGCUGUGCGGCAGGUAUUUCUCUGCCCUCUCCUCUUCUCCAUCCCGGUGCCGCACGUCAAGGAAAGGGAGCGCGAGAGAUUUCAGAAGGGUCUGCUCCGAGCCCUGGAAUUCCUCAAGAGCGAGCACGGCAUAGACAUGCCAAAGUACAAAGUCACCCUGGACGGCGGCUUGCUCGAUUUGACGCCUCCUAAACAGACCCAGAUCAGCUGGCUCUUCGCCGACCCGGUCUCCGACUUCUUCUGCGAAAUUUGCGACCUUGCUCCGCCGGCGGUGACGUGCAGUGUGCUGGACAACCUGGAGAAGAUCGUGGACCUUUACCGGUUGGACAUCAACGAGGAAGGUGUCCAGGACGAUUUUUCGCUGGGCGAGCUGCUGCAGCACUCGCCGGCACAUUUGAUCCGCUGCCUGAAAAUGGGCGUGAACGUGGCCCGUCGGUUUGGAGACGACUCCCUGAAAACUCUGGCAACCAACGACGAGAGCGUGGCCACCACGCAAGUUAAGGACCGCGUCGGCCUGCUGGUGCAGGAAGCGCAGGCCUUCCUACUCCGAAGCGACAAGGAUAAGGAAGAUAUUGAAGUUGUCCCUCUGCUACUGCCGCCAGGCGGAGCGAAGGCAACGAGCAAGAGUAGUGCAGUUGGUAUUACGACUGCGAUGAAAAACAUCAAAAUGAAGACGAAUACCGGAAAGGAGCUUGCUCCAGCGCAGCUUCAUGAUGUCAGUUACGAGGGUCCACCAACCAAAAAUCGCAAAGUCGAGGUUGGUAAUAAAAGCAAAAGCACCACUGCCGUACAACCUACAUCCUCAUCUACUAGUAGUCGAACAGCUGCAAAUGCCAAGCCAGGUAGCAAAGGUAUUAUUUCCUCAAAAUCGUCAUCUGCUCCUUCGGGCCUGCUUGGUGUACUAGACGAAAGAGCCAGAGAGCAAGAUGCCCACGCUGUUUUGCUGGAGGAGCUGUCCUCAACGGCGCAAAUGACGGCACGCAUUCCCGGGUUGCGACAGUCUGACACCCAGUUUCAGAAACUGACCGCUGCGCAAAUUACCAGCGGGAUUCGGAAACAGCUCGAUCGUGUGUGGAACAUCGACAAAAAGGCUAAAGGGAACUGCGGCGCAGGCUCACCACAACGUAAUGGGAAAAUCGCUCUUCAGCUCGUGUUCGACUACGUCAGCGUCAGGUACUCGCGGGAAGACGCCAUAUCCGCCAUCUUCGGGGCGCUGCUGCAGGUACUUGCUCAUUGACUUUCAAUGUGAUUAUCAAGUGGCGAUGUAUUCUGCAACGUACGUCUGAUGUUCCUUUUGGCACAGAGUACGAAUACUGCGUGUGUCUACCGUGUGAGCCUGAUCGUUAUCGUAUCAUUUGGCGCAUAAACUUAAGCACAUGCACAGCAACGAAAAGGAAAUGAGUCGCGACGCGAUUUUCUUUUAUUUUUUUACUUUGCAACCAUUUUUCCAAACCAAAUUUCCAGGCGAACAACGAGUACGGAAUCGGAAUGCAGACCUGUUCACCUCUGAAGAUGGUCCUCUACUUGCUCGAUGGCCGCGUAGACCUCCCAGAGUUGAACGAGACGUCGUGUUCGCUGUCCGCACGGACAAGUGUCGCGACUCUGUUGGAAAAGCUCACCUUGCUCAAUUUGCAAACCGGUCCCGCGGCGGUCCUUGACUACGGCCAGAAAGCAUUGCGGCAAUUGAAGCCCAAGCGGGAUAGCGACAUUUGCACCAUUUACGAUCAGGUCGUCACCGGAGAAGCGCCAGUCUACGCAAAGAACCGGCUGCGCGGCCUCUUCGCCGAGCGGGUGCUCGGCGCCAACGCGUCAGGCGUCAAGAAAUGCAUGGCUGAAGCAGCAAAAAACUACGACGGUGCCCACGUGCCACCUGCAGGGUACAUGUCGCCAGCGCUCGCCAAGCUGCUGCGCAACGUCUGGGAUAUCGCGAACCUACUCACGAAUGCCUUCUUGAUCGGGGAUCACAUGCAAAAAGCGUUCGCGCCCUUUCGGGUCGCUCAAAUCGCAAAGACGGCACCAACCGGGGGGCCGUCAAACAAGCGAAGCGCGGCCUUAGCUGCGGAAGCAGGCGUCGACGAGCUAUCGCUAUCGAAAUCUGUUUUCCUGCCUCCUGCAGCGGGCAAAACAAAAAAGACUGAUCAAAAAGCAAACGGCACCGGACUGGUCGUCGAUAUUGGAGACAAGCAUAGCAAAGUACCAAUGUCAAACCAGUCGGAAGUGAGCGGAAGUAAGGGUAAGAAUGCCGACCCCCGUCGUGAAUAUCCGCAGCACCGAAGUGAUCUAUGCGACAAGCAGCAGUUAGCAAAAUUCAUGACGGCAGCGAUGCGCGAGUCUACCGAGUGGAGUAAUAAUGAUAAAACAGCAAAACACAAGCUGAAGAAGCUCAACCUGAAAGAUCUACAAAAGAUCUACAGCAAGAUCCCGCAGCGAGAUGCUGACAGAUGCGACGAUCGCUUGCGGCACCAAGGGUAUGAGAAUAUCGCCGACUUCGACUUGACAUGCAAAAUUGAAGUGGCUGAAUAUCUUCUACGCGUCUUUAUUAUCCAUUGAACUGGAGGCUGAGGGAUUCUUCGCUGUUAGCGCUAGGUAAUUAUGCGCCUCCGGGCGAUAGGAUGAAGAUGAACUGUGUGUCCGACGGAUGAAUAAAGAAAAAGGACAAAUCAUCCAUUACCAUUGUCCUCAGGCCCGGCAUCCGCGUCGUCAAUUCCAGCUUUGCAUUGAGGGGUUUUGUUGAAAUUAAUGCGAGUGGUUCCAAAGAUACAAAUCAUGGACUAAUACUACCGACAGAACACAGACUACACCGAGAUCAAAAAAAUUACAACAACGG